AUGGCCGAGAGAUCAAACUUCGGGACCCAGAAGGUCUCGAGACCGCAGGGCGCGCUGCCGCCCGAGCCCAUCGACAUCAUCCGGAUCAAGGCGCGGUCCAGAAGGGUCCGGAUCAACGUGGGCGGGCUGGUGCACGAGGUCCUCUGGCGGACGCUGGACCGUCUGCCUCGGACCCGGCUGGGGAAGCUGAGAGACUGCAACACCCACGACACCCUGAUGGAGAUCUGCGACGACUACAGCCUGAACGAGAACGAGUACUUCUUCGACCGGCACCCGGGCGCCUUCUCGUCCAUCCUCAACUUCUACCGGACCGGGAAGCUGCACAUGAUGGAGGAGAUGUGCGCGCUGUCCUUCGGUCAGGAGCUGGACUACUGGGGCAUCGACGAGAUCUACCUGGAGUCCUGCUGCCAGGCGCGGUACCACCAGAAGAAGGAGCAGAUGAACGAGGAGCUGAGGCGCGAGGCCGAGACGCUCAGGGAGAAGGAGGGCGACGAGGCCGACACCGGGUGCUGCCCCGAAAAGAAGAAGAAGCUCUGGGACCUGCUGGAGAAGCCCAGCUCUUCUGUAGCGGCAAAGAUCCUGGCCAUAAUCUCCAUCCUGUUCAUCAUCCUGUCCACCAUCGCGCUGUCCCUCAACACCCUACCAGACUUCCAAGUCAUCGACGAGUUCGGGGUGUCCAACGACAACCCCAACCUCGCCCACGUGGAAGCUGUGUGCAUAGCCUGGUUCACCAUGGAGUACCUUCUGCGCUUCCUGUCCUCGCCCAACAAGUGGAAGUUCUUCAAAGGUCCCCUGAACGUCAUCGACCUGCUGGCGAUCCUCCCCUACUACAUCACCAUCUUCCUCACCGAGUCCAACAAAAGCGUCCUGCAGUUCCAGAACGUGCGCCGGGUGGUGCAGAUCUUCCGCAUCAUGAGGAUCCUCAGGAUCCUGAAGCUGGCCAGACACUCGACCGGCCUCCAGUCCCUGGGCUUCACCCUCAGGAGGAGCUACAACGAGCUGGGCUUGCUGAUCUUGUUCCUGGCCAUGGGGAUCAUGAUCUUCUCCAGUCUGGUGUUCUUUGCUGAGAAGGAUGAAGAUGCGACAAAAUUCACCAGCAUCCCAGCGUCGUUCUGGUGGGCCACCAUCACGAUGACCACCGUGGGUUACGGAGACAUCUAUCCGCAGACGCUUCUGGGUAAAAUAGUCGGUGGGCUCUGCUGUAUUGCCGGCGUCUUGGUGAUCGCUUUGCCCAUCCCGAUCAUCGUGAACAACUUCUCCGAGUUCUACAAGGAGCAGAAGAGGCAGGAGAAGGCCAUUAAGCGGAGGGAGGCUUUGGAAAGGGCUAAGAGGAACGGCAGCAUCAUCUCCAUGAACAUGAAGGACAGCUUUGUGCGCAACAUGGAGCUGAUGGACGUGGUGAUAGAGAAGGGUGAAGAGAAGACCUCAGACAACCACCUUUCCCCAAAUCGAUGUGGUCUUCAUAAAAGCCCGCUCUCCGUCACCAAAUGCUGCGAUGCCAAAUAUCAGGACUUGGCUCAGUUAAGGUCUCCCGAGAGAACGAUCAAGCCGGACCUGAGUCCUCAAGGACUGAAUGCAAAGUCUCUGGAGCAAAUGUACAAUCAGAUGGCGAUGUUCCCUGCUCCCAAGGAAGACGCCAAGAUAGGCAGGGAGGAGAGUCUGGAGAUGAAGGUGGUUCAGCCCGACUCCGCCAAGGAUCGUCCAGUCACAGAGAUCAGGAGCAUAUCGAGCAUCGACAGCUUCGCAAGUUGCUCCACGGACAUCAGCGAAGUGGAGAGGACGGCGCUGCUCCCGAACAUCCCUCAGUCGAGACAUCCUCGUGCUCCUCCUCCUCUAGAUCUGAGCCAGAUCACCUCCCUGAACACCAAGGCAAACGAAACGUCCAAGCAGCCCUUGAUCAUUAAGGAGGGUCUGUACGAAUUCGUCCAGUCCAAGCCCGAGGGCAGCGCCCGCUCUCAAGGCGAGGAGAACCGAAGCUUUGACAUGAGCACAGAGAACGUGACGUCUCCCAGAGGCAACACCAAGGGACUCCAGGUCAAUUUCAACGAGUCUGGAGGGGACGGAUCGUCCAGCUUGCAUCUGGUCGUGACCGAUAACACGACGACUCUGUCACCGUGUUCCCGACAGAGUCCCAGAACCCCAGGGAGAGGAUCUGAAGGAGCAGGAGCGAUGAGUUCCCCCGGCUUCAUGUCAUCCUUCGGUGGGAGCCAAAGAGGGAAGAAUCACAUCGACAAGUCAAGAGUUUCUCCGGCUUCUCCUCAAUCUCUUCUGAAUUGUUCCCCCGGAACGCAGGGCGCGGCGGACAGCGGCGGACAGAAAGCCGCCAACCACCUCCUGUCGCCGGAUAUUCUCAAGUCGACAGGGGACGGGAAUAUUUCACCCCCGUGCGAGACCAGCAUGUGA